AUGGCUUAGAUUAUUGAUACAUCGGAUUAAAUGUCUCUUUUAGAACCAAACAAAGGUUUAUCGUUUAAUGAAAACUCAUGUCAUAAAACAUUGUUCUUUUCAUGGGUUUAUCCUAUACUAAAAGUAAAUCAUUAUUUUUAAUCCUUAAGGUUGGAAAAUCAAAAGCCUUGAAUUAAUAAGACCUCAUAACAAUAGAUAAAAAAAACACUAUGAGUAAUUCUUAUUUAAAAUUUAAAAGUGUUUUCAAUAAUUCUAAUUUUAUUUUCAGUUUAUUUAUUGCCUAUAGAAGUAAUAACAUUCAUUAAUAUUUAGAAUAAAUCUUGAUAUGCCUAUUAGCAUAUGUUCUAGUGGCAACUUUAUAAUUGUGUCUUCCAAUCAUUACAGCAAAAUCUUAAAAAUAUUUUAUGUAUGAUCAACCAGAAGAUAAACCUUUAACUUCAAAUAUGUUUAUUUUUGCUAUAAUUCAACUAAUAUAUAUGCUAGCACUCUCUAUAAUCAAACCAUUUUAAUUAUUCUUUGCUUCUAUUGUUAGCAUAAAGAUUCAAGGAGCUUUACAAUAAGAAAUUAUGUUAAAGACUCUUAAAUUUCCUAUAUCUCGAUCUCAACACUAUUCAACUGGAGAACUCAUCAAUAUGUUGUAAGUUGAUAUAACUUAAACAUCUAAUUAUUUUUAUAAUGCUAUAAUUUUAUUUGCUUGUCCUCUAUAACUUGUAUGUGCUGGUGUAGUUUUUUAUUUGACUUUAGGAAAUUAAGCUUUGGUCCCAGCUUUAGGAGCAGUUAUUUAAGCUUUUAUAGGACUAACUUUUGGUUAUUUAUAUGGUAUUGUAUAAAAAAAAUACAUGAUGGCAAAAGAUUUGAGAAUGAAGGCAGUAGAUGAAGCCUUACUUUAUUCAAAAUAAGUUAAAUUAAAUUAGCUUGAAGAUUUCUUUGAAUAGCGAGUAAUUAAAUUCUACUAUCAUUAUAGAUUUAAGCCUAAAGAAUUAAUGAAUUACGCCAUCUUAAAAAUUAAGUUAUUAUGCUUAUUCUCAUUUAGUUACUUUAAGGAUUAGUUGGUAUUUUUACUUGGGAGAUUUUAUUUUUCGUUAACAACCCUAUUAAUUUUGCUAUUGUAUCUUUAAUGAUGCAAAAUUAUGAUAAUAUAGUAAGAAUUUUAGAAGAUCUACCUUUGUAAUUUAAGAAUUAUUCAAUGAGCAAAAAUUCAAUUGAUCGAAUCCAAAAUUUUUUUAAAUAAAAAGAAUGUAUUUAAUUAGAGUAUGUUGUUGAUUAAUCAAAUAUUGCUGUCAAUAUAUAGAAUUGUUAAUUUAAUUGGGAAACAAAUGAUCAAAUGAAUAAUGAUGUUGAGGAUAAUGAAAAUGCUUCUAGAUAAAAAAAUACAAUAUUUAAUAUUAAUUUAAAUAUUUAAAUAAAGAAAGGUUAAUAUGUAGCUUUUGUAGGAAAGUAUUUUUAUUUAUAAUUAUUUAUAGUUCAGCCUCUGGUAAAUCUACAAUUCUCAGAUCAAUAUUAGGAGAAACUAAUAAUCUAUAAGGGAAAGUUACUGUAAAUGGAAAUAUAAGUGUUGCAACUCAAGAUCCAUGGAUUAUCAGUGGAUCUAUAAAAAAAAACAUUACAUUUAUGAAUUAAUUUGAUAGUAUCAAAUAUAAAUAAGUAAUAAAAAUUUGUGGAUUGGAUAGAGAUAUUGCAUCUUUUAAAAAUGGAGAUGAAACUAUUUUAGGAGAAAAAGGAGAUAAUCUAUCUGGAGGAUAAUAAAAAAGAAUAAAUUUAGCUAGAGCAGUAUAUAAUGAUGCAGAUAUUUAUUUAUUAGAUGAUCCAAUGAGUGCACUAGAUAUUAAAGUCAAAUAUCAAAUUAAUUAAUAAUGUAUUUAAGGCUAUCUAAAAAACAAAACUAGAAUAUUAUUUACUAAUUCAAUAUCCAAUCUUUAAGAAUGUGAUAUGAUAUAUAUUGUUGAAAAUGGAAAUAUCGUUAAACAAGGUAAAUUUGCCUAGAUAAUUGGGGUUAAUGAUAAUUAACUAUUCUCUUAAAAAGAAAUAAUUGAUAUCUAAUUUGAAGAAAAGCAUUAUUCAACCGAAUUAACAGAAAACUAAGAUUUAAAAUCAAGCUUGAUAUAAAAAGAGGACUAAGAAAAAGGUUAAAUUUCAAAAUCAGUUCAAUCAUAAAUUUUCAAAUUUAUAGGAAGAUACUUUGCAAUUUUAUGUGCAUUAAUAUAUUUUGUAAUUGUACUUACUUGUUAAUUAUUUGGUAAUUUUAUUAUGGCAUAAGAUGAUAUAACAGAUGAAGAUUAUAAAUAAUUAGCCUAAACAUAUUAUCCAAUGAUAUAAGCUCCUAUAAUAGUUGCAAUGGUUUUAAUGAAAAGCUAUUAUUUAAUUAAAGGUUUAAAUACUUCAAAGCUUAUUCAUGAUAACGUUAUGAAUAGCUUAUUAAAUGCUUCAUAUACAAAGUUUUAUAAUACAAUUCUCAUUGGGAGAUUGAUGAAUAGGUUAAGUAAGGAUAUUUAUAAUAUUGAUUUAUUAUUUCCUAAUGAAAUUUAAAACUUAACAUAUCAAUUAACAUCCUUGUUAUUACCAUUAUUUGCAUGCUUCCUUUAUUUAAACAUUGCAGCAUUACCUUUGUUAAUUCUUUUUUUCAUUAUUCUGAUAUAUUUAACAGUAAUUUACUAUAGAUGUUUGAGAGAAAUUACAAGAAUUGAAGCUGUUUCUAAAAGUCCUGUUUUUUCUUUUUUUUAAUAAAUUGUUAGAGGAGUUACUUAUGUUAGGAGUUGCUUACCAAUAGAAAAAGUUGUAGCUUUAUAAUAAAAAAAUGUUGAUAUUGAUUUAGGAAAUUAAUUAAAUUUGUACGGAUUUUAAUAUUGGUAUCAAUCAUUUGCUGGAUCAAUAACAAAUUUCUUUUAAGCAUUGUUAUUUAUAAUUUGUGUAAAGUUUAUUAUUAAUUAAGUUUCUCUUUCCAGGAAAGACUUAAAAAAUGACUAAUCUAGUCCUGUAAUAGAUGUAAACUGUUUCUAAUUUACUUUUAAAUUCUUCAAUAUCUUAUGGAAAUUUACAAAUGUAUUUUAUCAGUUUUGAAAGAUGUUUACAUUUAGCAAAGUAAUUA